UUCUUUUUAGCGUUAUCAUUAAUUUCUAUAAGUCUAAUUUUUUUAGUGGAAUCCUUCUAGCAUCCCGCAGUCUGUCGGUUAAGUGGAUACCGCCGCCUGUGGAGACCCAGAGCGCCUUUGAACCCGAUCACCUCAUUAGUUCAACCGAGUUGCUCCAUCCAUACGCACAUAUGUAACUACGCAUUCGCUGCUCAGUUCGUUAUCGGCCUUUCGACUGUUAACGUCGCUAAUAACAUUAGAAAAAAAUAAGAUCAAAAUACAUACACAAUUAGGCUUCGAAAACAUUGCGCAAGCGAUGGCGACGGAAAUGCGCGAGGCCGCGAUAGCGACAUCCUGCGGGCGACCGUGGCCCUAUUGAUUGCACGUCGCGAGCGCACCUAUCAGCAAUUUAUAUGCAAAUUCAUUCCACUUCAGGUGUUAACUUUCAGUAGUAGUGCGGUUUUAGUUGUGACAUGUUGUUGUUAUUAUAACACCCGUUAAAAAUGUUCAAAAUGGUUAGAAAUCGAAAGGUCCAAGCGACCAGUGAAGCGGACAUUCGUCGUGACCAAACAUUUCAAAACCGAUCAAGUAAUAAUGUUUCUCGUCUCCGUGUUCGUCGUGGGUCCAGCUUGACCGAUUUAGAUAAGUUACGAUGCAGUGGCGGCUCAAGCGGUGGUGGUUCUAUUGGCGAUUUGAUGAACAUGUUCAGUGGCAGUGCAAAUUCUGUAGGUAGUGACACUCUUGUCGCUAGAACGGUUCCUCUUGAGACUGUCCGUCGAAACAUGCCACCGCUUCCGUCUAGUCCGCCAUCGCAUCCGCCGCCCUCUCCGCUUAUCCAUGUGUCCCGACCCGUAGGACCUUUGACCAUGGCACAACGAACAUUGAGAUUCAGCAGGCUGUUGAAAUAUCAACCUUGUUCUGCUGAUAUUCCAAUUACACUGGUGAGUGUUGAUUUUAAACCUAUUUAUAAAUAUUUGUAACCUUAAAACUACUAAUUUAGAAUUUUGAAAAUAACAUCAAAGUUAGCGAGAAAUGAUAAUUUUAUGUU